CCACUUCUCAUCAUCCAUUCAUCAACACCUUCCCAGACUCCUCCGCCACGGCACGAGUAGUCGAUGUCGUCCCCCGUUGUCGAACUCUCGACUUCAGAGCAAACUGAUCAGCUUUUAGAAUAUGAAUCGGACGUGGAGGCUGACCUCGAAGUUGACCAGCUGGAUUCUGAUACCGACGCUGAGACAGAUGCAAACGCGUCCAAGAAGAAAAGUCCUUCUGGAGAACGUAUACCUGGCAGCAGUCUCCUACCUGCAAUGCGGUUGGAGAACAUCAUUCAGGCCGAAGGAGUCACUGGAAACCUUGCGUUAUCAAGGGAAGGCCUCUUCGUUCUUUCAAUCGCGACGGAGGAAUUUAUCCAACGCCUUGUGCAAGCUGGGCAUCUUCAGGCCAGUUCGCAGCGCAGGAACAUGGUCAGUUAUAGUGAUAUGGCUGUCACAACUCAACAAUAUCAAGAGUUCAUGUUCCUUCGUGAUACCGUCCCUCCUCCCGUUUCUCUCAAAGAUGCUUUGUUAUUGCGCGAGGCAAAAGAGAGAGAGCUCCUCGAGGAAGAUCCAGCCAUGGCAACCUCCUUUCCAAUACCCUCAUCAGCUCCUACACCAGAUGCCAGAUCAACCAUAUCGAACGUCUCAAACGCCACAGCAUAUGCCAAAAGCAAGAGUCCCGUUGCGAAUGGAAAAGAAAAGCAGGUCAACGGGGAUGCUCAUGAAAGCGCUAGUUACAAACAUGAACCUGCGAGGUCAGGACCGAGCUCUCAUGUAAACGCUGGCGCUCAGUCUCUUGUCGAACCCCAAGCCACCGGACCAACGCUUUCUCUGCCAGAUGUGAACCACCGUGGAACCUCUUGUAUUGGCAAUGGGAGUACAUCAGGCUCAACCUCGCGAUCUUCUCCGUCAUCUCUUCAACAAAACGAAGGCGCCUUACAGCCCACGCCAUCCCAUUCCCUCACCCCUCCCCUUUUGCCGCCACAAGAGGAGUCGGCACAGUGGCCUGCGCAGUUCACUGGGCCAGCGAGCGGGUUUUUGCAAGGGCCUGCGGCGCCUUUUGGUCGUCCAACGCAGAACCCUGGUCGCACAAUUUAUACACAGACUCAUCGUCCAGAUUAAAUAGGUAGAGAAUCGCAUGGCAUUCAUUAUAAUGUUGCAUUC